GCAGGGCUCACGAAACCGUUGCGUGCGCCCGCAUAUGCUUCUUACCUACGCUACGUCCACCUCCGGGUGCUAUGGUCGAUGCGUCAGGCGGCGCAAGAUAGAGCUCAGAAGAAGCGCAAAUCGUAGAACCUUAGUCGGAGCCCAUUCUCCCGUCAGCUCCACCGUGAUUCCGUCUACAGAACGACUCCAUGCUGCUUCCCGGAUUGACAUACAGGAAUUCGAGUGGCUGGCUCAGCUGCAGCACGCGCCCCCGUUUUCAAGGACUCCCACUCGCUCAACAGUGACUCGCCAUGGCCGCAUCGCCCCUCUCUGGGCCGGACCCAGGCUCUCCUUUCGACUGCAGCUGGGAACGUAUGGGCAAGCUCAACGUCGAGCUCGUCGGAUACGGAUGGAGAGAAAGGCGGAUGACCGCCCGCUUCCAUCUCCCGCAGGACACAGAUGUAUACUCGAUCCAGCGCAACGUCACGGCCAUCGCCCGCGACGUCAAGUAUUCGAAGCACUGGCAGUGCGAAUUUUGCGGAGAGGAUGCGCGCGAAACGAACUUCCAGAGCGUCUCCUGGCAACACCUCACCCCGCCCCGGCUCAUGAUAUACGUCCACUUCAUCUGCGACGUCGACCAGCCGCACGUCCGCAAGGGCCUCACCGCGACCCAGGAGAUGCUGCAGCGCGCAGGCGCACGCUCGGUGCCCUCAUAUGACACGCUCCCAAAACGCCCCGCCUGGUUCCCCACGCUUCCGCUCGCGGGCAGCUUCGUCUACUUCGCCGACAAUGCGGCAGUCAAAAUCCACCGCCACUACAUCACCCACGGUAAGGGUCGCGAACGACAGCUUCGUCGACAGCGCCGGCGGACGGACGAGUUCGGUGGCGUCGAACAAACCGUGCAGCUGUCCAUGUACGCUCAUUACCCCAAGUAA